UUACAGGAAGCACCUGAACGUCGCACCACAUUACCAGCACUCCGGCGGCUGAGAACAGAGAAGAUGCAGACUAUAAAGUGCGUGGUGGUGGGUGACGGUGCGGUGGGGAAGACCUGCCUGCUCAUCUCCUACACCACCAACAAGUUUCCCUCUGAAUACGUCCCCACGGUGUUUGAUAACUAUGCAGUGACUGUGAUGAUCGGUGGGGAGCCAUACACUCUGGGACUGUUUGACACUGCAGGCCAGGAGGACUACGACAGACUGCGACCCCUCAGCUACCCUCAGACCGACGUCUUCCUCGUCUGUUUCUCCGUCGUAUCACCCUCCUCCUUUGAGAACGUCAGAGAGAAGUGGGUGCCAGAGAUUUCACACCACUGCCCGCGGACGCCAUUCCUGCUGGUCGGGACUCAGGUGGAUCUGAGAGACGACAGCAACACUCUGGAGAAACUGGCCAAGAACAAACAGCGAGCCCUGACCUGUGAGAGCGGAGAGAAGCUGGCUCGAGAGCUCAAGGCCGUCAAAUACGUGGAGUGUUCAGCUCUCACGCAGAGGGGACUGAAGAACGUUUUCGAUGAGGCCAUCCUGGCAGCUCUGGAGCCUCCAGACAACAAACCCAAGAAGCGCUGUGUCCUGCUAUAGACGCCACAGGAGGAGGAGGAGGAGGAGGAGGAGGAGGAAGUGGAAGUGGAGGUGGACGGGGGGGAAGAGAUAAACCCAGACGGGAACAGAGGGAGGGAGUACCGAAGGGAGGGGGGAGGGUGUGAAGGUGGAUGUGGCAGACACAUGUUUUAACAGUGCCUUCAGCCUUAGUGACUUAAUGCGGGUGUGGUGUUGGAACGGACACAGGCUUUAUUUUUCGUCAUAGAUACGUGUCGCCAUAACAAAACUAACACAUUUGAAAAGCACGCCUAACCAGGAAACAGGCUUUUUGUUAAUAGGAGGAGGCAGGUCGCGCAGUAGAGAGGUUUGAAUCUCAGAUUAAAGAUACAGACAGUGGAUGGAGUCACGGUUACAGCUGAACCUGGGAACCACCUCAGAAACUCUCUUAAGCUUUCAAAAGCUUCCAACACAAAUUAUAAACAUCUUCAAGCUAAAGAAUUGUAUAAAAUACGUGGAAUAAAUUUCAGAGGGAAAAAAUGUGUUUGUUCAGUGAACACAGCUGUAGAUCACACUCCUUUUUUGCCGUUGAUGUGAGUCCUGCACCAAUCAAAUUUAGAGAACUAAUUUAGGUCUUUCAAUAUUAACAAAAAUAACAUGUUUCUGAUAUUUUGUCUUUUCCACUGCAAACUGACCCACUAUCAUGGAAACAUAGUCCAGAAGCAGAGAAUGGCUGCUUAGAUCAUAACCAUUAUAAUUCUAAUCACAAUUAAACCCAAGUAGUUAAGUCCUUUCAAAAAGUUUGAAAUCGAGCAAGCUGCUGUCAUCACAUUUACAACUGACCAAAGUUAGAAAAAUAAUUCUUUGAAGCAUAACACACAUACUGGUGUAAUCGCAUCCUUUCCACCUCUGCUUCUGUUAGAGUUUACAUUUAGAAGAUAAAAUCUGGACAGUCAGAAGAGAAGGCAUCAUCAGUGAUAUUUGUUACCAGCACAAAGUCGGAUUAAAACGAGAGAAAGGACACAGUCCUUAAGCAAAAAAUAAUGGUGCUUAAUUUAAAGAUGCCCGAAGCGGAGACAUGAUCCAGCUGAUCUACAUUCCCUGCAGCCUCGUAGACCAGAGGUUCAACAGUCGACAGUGUUGUUGUUAAAAAAAAAACAAAAAAAAAAACAUAUCUACUAAUCAGUGGUGACUAUAACCUGACUUCAUCUAUAUCAGUAGAAAGAGACCAGAACUGGUAACCAGUGGGGCUUAACUGACAUCUGCUUUGCAGUAUAAAAGACAGGUACAUGAUGCAGUAGUUAAUGAUGAUGAAUAUGCGUAUUUGCAGUAAUCUAACAACAAGAGAGAUGAGCGUUACAAGUUACAAACCUGACUUCCUUGCUGUCAUGUGAUAAAUGCUGCUUUCCAAAAUGUCAGAAAUAAAUAAUUCAAACCUCAGAAUUUCCUUCAAAUGUCUGGAAACAUGAAAAACGUGUUGAAGUCACAGGGUUUUCACGUGACAACACAGAGGGUGAUUAUUUGGCAAUUCAAACAUUUGCACAUAACAGCACUUUUUUUUUUUUCUUUUCUUUUUUUUUUUAACUUCUCUGUCCUGACGUCUCGCUGGGGACACGUCCCAUCCUGAACCGAACACUCCAGCUCCACUGAGCUGUGAGUCACACUGUCAGUGGAGAUCCAGUACGUGUUUUCCUGAAAGCUAACAACCACAUACAACCUAAUAUAGAGCAUUGACUGAAGGUGUUACACGAGGAAUUUUAACAUCAUUAAUCAACACAACAUGAGUUUUGCUGCAGACAAACAGAAGUCUCAGAGCUGGACUUUCUGCUGCACGUAAACUUUCAGAGUUUCUGGUGGCGAAGAAGAGUGACGGCCUGAAAGUCCAGAAUUGCAUGCUUUUCUAAUCUGUAAUUGAAUGCUCCAAGUGGUAAUUAACCCCAGGAAUUGCAGAUAAAAGGACAUCAUCUGAUAAAAGUAGUCAUUUUUAAAGUGCAAAAAAAAAAAUUAGAAAUGCCUUCAUGUUACUGCAUCAUCAGUGACAGUCUUAACUUGUUUUGUUUGUCCAUUAAAACUUCCAGCUGCUACAGAAGUUGACUGUAAAUGCCUUAAAAUAUGCCUUACUGCUGAAAACCAGUCAAAUCCUACAAAGUCAGUCCACACAGCAAAAGGUUUGAGGCUUAAAUCGAAUCUGCUAAUUGAAAUGUUUGUCACUUUUAUUUUGAAAUCCAUAUGUAAAGCUGUUGUAGUAGAUGUGGCUGAGAAGCAAACAUUUCACACCCACACGCGUGCACACACACACACACACACACACAGGACCUCCUCAAACAUUGUCCACUCCUUCUUCUCUCUCCUGGCCCUACUGGAACCUCAAGUGCUCGUUGGUGUGUUAGCACCUCCCGGAGGCCUUAAAGGGGAAAUGCGGCUCAGUUUAAAGGUUCAUCUGUGUUGUGCCUCUGGUAGAUCAUCAGUGUUUGAAGCUCAGAUCUCAGACCUGAAUUCAUAAUGUCACAAGAAGCAGCUUCACAGACAGUAACUUUAGAUUUGUGUGAGGAGUUUUUGCACAGAUGAGCCUUGUUUAAGUUGCUCUUAUAAUUUUCAAAUAAGAAAAUGCAGGUGAUAAUAAGAUCAUACAUUUCUACAGUAGAUUCCUAACACUGAUUGUCCUGUACCGAGGUGGUAACAAUUUCAAUCUUUAAACUGAGGGUAUUUCCCAUUAAAAUGAACUAAACUUCCACUCUGCUUAUAUAUUUUUUCCAUUGUUUUGGAGAUGACGGUUUAUUCUGAUUCAUGUAUGAAUGAUUACAAGUAUUAUAUUUUUUUUUUUCUUUGCUCCUAAUUGUUUCUUGAGGAACAUUAUUUUAGCUUCUUUUUUUCUUUUUUUUUGGACACUUGAGUUUUUAUUUUCCUUUUUCUUUUUAGAUAUUUGUACCAUUUACUUGACAGUUGAGUGCCAACAGCUUGAGUGAGUAUCACUGGCCUGGUUUGUCAAACUAAACAAUCCUGAUAAUAAGCUUCUAAUCGCAGAAAAAAACAACAACAUAAUAACAGCUGAAGCAAUAAUUACAGAUGUGGAAAACUCUGUAUUGAAAGAUGAAUGUUGGAACUGGUGGGUGUUUGGAAAUAAUAAAAACAGUACUUGAAUGUUGUUUCACUUUGACUUGAUUCUAUUUUUCUUAUCUUACAGUUUAACCACAUUCCUCUGCUCCACCUUUUCUUAUCAUCUGCAUCAGGCAACUCACGCCUGAUCACUUGUUGAUUGUGUCUGUUUUGUUUUCUUUCAUUCUUUAUUUGAAAUAAAACUUUCUUUUCAUGAACAAAA